AUGCCAGCGUCCUCCCCGUCAGUGGAGGGCCAGACCUGUGGUGUCGAUGGCGGGGCAAGUCAGUCCGCGGCUGUCGAGAAAGAAAUCCCGUCACCGGCAAAAGAAGCCUCACCAGAGUUGAAGGAACCUACUGAUGGAGAGCGUCUUGAAGAGCGAGAGCCCCGUAAACUCACCUUGGAGACACUGCUUAGAGAAGGCGUUCUCGAGAGCGGGGAUGGUGUUCUCUCCAUGGAGUAUAUGGGGAUGCGAUUCACGGGAGACCUAUUGUCGGAUGGCGCUAUCCGUUGGGGAGAAUCUGGUGAAGUUUUCCCGAGCCCCUCCGCUUGGGCGAUCCAUUGCAAGCGCAUCACCCAGCCGGACAAGAAAACCUCUUGCGGAUGGUCUCAAGUGAAAUAUAAAGGACGCAAAUUAGAGCUCUAUAAACAAGAAUGGCUUCAUCGACAUCAGACCGCGAAGCGAGCCGCGGCCGCCGCCGCGGCCGCAGCUCCACCCGUCGCUAGACCGGCUGCCGAAGAAGUGCCGGCUCCGAAAACGGUCGAAGCGAUGACUCGAGUCGGGAAGACGAUAAUUCGACGUCCUCGUUGGUUUCUUGAGUCCAAGCGGAAAGCCCUGGGCCUCCCCUCGCUGGAUGAAGAAGAGAAAGAGAACCGGCAGUCCGCUUCGGGCAGCCAAGAGAAUAAGGAACUCGAUGUCCCCGGCCAAGAUAAACUACCAACUAAUCCGCAGUACGAUCCGGUGACUUUCGCAUCGGUCGAACGUCUACAACCAUUCCACAUUUCGAUCUCAUCAAACGUGCUGCUCCUCGUGGAUUUCCAUUGCCAUCUGAGUAAAAGCGAAGUAUGUGGAUACCUCGGAGGCUCCUGGGAUGUCGCCACUCACGCGAUGACAAUUACCCAGGCGUUCCCAUUAAAAGUAUCGCUGGACUCCAACGACAAUCGAAUAAUGGAUGAAGUUCAAGCAUCCAUGACGUCCAGAGGCAUCUACCCUGUCGGUUGGUACCACUCCCAUCCGCGGCUGUCACCGCACCCCACGAAGCGAGACGUUCUCAAUCAGCUGGAGUACCAGCUCGCCAUGCGAGGAGACAACGAGGCUCAAUACAUGCCUGUGGUUGGCCUAAUCUGCUCUCCGCAAGGCGCGAUGGAAUCACUGACGGAGGCUGAGCUCAUGGUUUACUGGGUCAUGCCGCCGCCAGAAAAUCGACCUCACGAAGUGGGCAAAGCCAUGAAGAUGGUUUACGCGAACCAGCAGGACAGUUUCCUCACUCAAGACCUCCUCAUGGAAAUGCGUGUUCUCGCUGAGCACUACCGGACGACGAACCAAUUAGCCGACUUCACCGCGCAGACGCCGAACUCGACGAGUCACACAAUCUGGGACCAACUGAAGGCCUCGCUAAGUACGAAGCUCCCACGUGAUCUUCAAACUUCGACUAAUGCAGGCGGUGGAUCGGGAGCCCUAGGUGGAGUUUCCCAGGAUACUGCGGCCCAGGCAGUGCAGCACUUCUGGGAGUUCGUCAGGGGUCUCAUUGUUCCGAGUAAUGCACCUGCCCCUCAGAAUUCGGCUACAAAUCAUUCGGAGCAACCAGGCACCAGCCGAGACUAG